GUCACUACGAUGCUCAUUGGUCUAUGGUAAUAGGUUAAACUAAGGAUCGUAUUUUUGUUCCUGUGUCAACGAAAAGAAGAAAAGAGCAGAAACCAGUGGGACCCGACUAAGUUUUCAUAAAAGAUCUUUUAUCCAGUCAUAACGGAAGAGUCUCCGCAUAUCUGACACUAGCCAGACACCCAUCACCUUAGCAGAACGCUUUUUGAAGAUGAACUCCAAUGUGGAGAAUUUGCCUCCUCAUGUUCUUCGCUUGGUCUACAAAGAGGUUUCAGCUUUGGCAGCAGACCCCCCUGAGGGUAUCAAGAUUUAUCCCAGUGAGGAAGACAUAACCGAACUGCAUACUGCCAUCGAAGGACCGGAGGGAACUCCAUUUGCUGGUGGCGUUUUCCGAAUGCGUCUGGUCCUCGGGAAGGACUUCCCUGCGGUUCCACCCAAGGGGUAUUUCCUGACCAAGAUUUUUCACCCCAAUGUGGGUCACAAGGGAGAGAUCUGUGUCAACGUGUUGAAGAGGGACUGGAAGGCAGAACUCGGCCUCAGACAUGUUUUGCUUACAAUCAAGUGUCUUCUCAUCCAUCCGAAUCCAGAGUCGGCUCUGAACGAAGAGGCAGGGCGUUUGCUGUUAGAGGACUAUGCAGAAUAUGAGUCCCGAGCUCGUCUGCUCACAGAGAUCCAUGCCAUGGGCGGGCCUGGUGGGACCUCUGGGACACCACAGGAUCCUAAUGACGGCCCACAGCCGAAGAAGCACGCAGGGGACCCCGCGAAGAGAGCGGGACCCAGCGCCGCAACCGUCCCAGCAGCUCUGGGUAAUGGAGCAAAUGGAGCCAGUACCACCAACAGCAAUAGCAACAGUAGUAGUAACACCAAUAAUGUAGCAGGGAAAAAGAAAGCAGACAAAAAGCGUGCAUUGAGGCGACUUUAAUACCUCCGCGAAAUUCUCAGUAUGUGUGUAAGUGUGUGAGUGCGAGAAUGUGUAAAUAUAAAUAUUGAAGUGUGCUGGCGAUGUUUUUGUUCACUUUUUUUCCCUGACUCUUUCUACCGCCUAUCCAGAGUGUCCACUUUGUACUCAUACCUUACCUCCUGUCUAGUCUUCACUUUGUCCUGUUGACAUUACAGGUUUCGUUAAUUAUUUCCAUACUUAAUGAUAUGAUGAAAAAUAUCUGUUCCUCUUUUAAAAGGAAAAAUGACACCUUCGCUGCAGAAAUCAUGCCAUCUGUUGUAGUUUGCCUCGCCUGAAUGAAUGAUACAAGGAAUGGGUUUCACUGUGCAAAACAUGGCCUCUAAUGUCUGUCCAUUACUGAGACAUGACUACUGUUGUCUCAGACUUGACAUCGGCUCUUUUAAAAGUGUUUCUUGGUAAAUUCUGCUGUGAUGGUACUGUGUACUGCUCAGCCAGGCUCUCUUGUGAGUCUAAGCCAGGAUGUUACUUAAACGAAAGUCAGGUUUUCGAGUUAAGAUCAAAGGUGGUAAUUGCAGAAGUCGCUAAACAAUUAUGCAUGAAGUCUGGGUGUUCACUAUUGGGAGAGAAAUGUUAAUGUCAUGCAAAAAUAGUAACAUCUUUUUAAAUUGUAUUUUUCUUACUGUGGUCUAACCUGAAAUGAAGGUAUGGCAAGAGUUGGCAGCGGAGCAUAACUGGUCUGUUGUAUUCUUCGUGGAACCUCAACCCCUGUUUUAAGUUUUUCUGAAAUUGUUUCACUGUCCAGUAUUUUCAAAAGUUGUUUAUAAUUGACAUGUUCAUAUUCAGCUGUCUAGUGGUUGUGAAGAUCUAGGUCAGUGGAUCAGGGUAGGCUGUCAGACUACUUUAUAAAAAAAACCAAUAAUUUAUUCUCUGUAUUAAGCAUACAGUGGUGUAACUCGUUUGAAUUAUCCCUGCUUCCCGACAACGCAGUAUGUGCUCUCGGAUACUCAGCUGUGUGGGUACCUGAGAGGACAUCUGUAGGCAGACUUCCACGUUUGAUAGAAUUUGUCUCCCCACCUGCUGCACUGGCAGGGUUUCCUGGGCAGGUUUUCUCUCUGUUCUAAAUGCAUGCGGGGUCUACAUUUCCCAAGGAAACACACUGAAGCGCUGUGUUAAUUUAGAUGGAAAAGGUGCCUCUGGAAAUCCUGUCGUCGUGCAGACUGUUGGCUGGAUAUUUUGUGUCCAUUUUAAAUUAUUUAAAUUAAUAAAACAUUGAAAUACAAGAAGUGAAAUGAAA